AUGUCUAAUACCUCUACCUUGAAAAUUUUCUCAUUGAUCAUAUCAACAUUUGCAAUUGUGCAGAUAACAAUGGGUGGUGACCCAGACAUACUCACGGACUUCAUAGGCCCAUCAAAUGGUAACCCAGAUGGGAACUUCUUCACAUUCACUGGGUUUCGUGUCUUUGUGGGACAAAACACACCACCCCCAACAUUUAAGGUAACGAAGGCAAGCAUGGCUGAGUUCCCUGCCCUUAUGGGACAAAGUGUGUCUUAUGCUGUCCUUCAAUACCCAAAUGGGAGCAUUAACCCACCACACACUCACCCUCGUUCAGCUGAACUUCUCUUUGUUGUUGAGGGUGCUCUUCAAGUUGGGUUUGUGGACACAACCAAUAAGCUUUACACUCAAAGCCUUCAAACUGGGGACAUGUUCGUGUUCCCUAAGGGUCUUGUCCACUUCCAACACAAUGCUGAUGAGAAAAAUCCUGCUGUGGCUAUAUCAGCCUUUGGAAGUGCCAAUGCUGGCACAAUUUCACUACCCAAUACACUGUUCAAUACCUCCAUUGAUGACACUGUCUUGGCUUUGGCCUUCAAGACAGAUGUUGCCACAAUUCAGAAUUUGAAGAAAAGAUUUGCUUCCUAG